AUGUCGCUUCCUCCAUCACCGCCGCCGCUGCCAUCCACCUUCGCCCCACCACCGCUGUCGCCGGCCACCUCCUCGCCGAUGACGGCGAUCACGUCCGGGACCAUCACCACCACCGCGCCAACGACGACCACCACCACGGCGGAUCCGCCUCCGCCCCUUACGCCCGAGGAGGUGUCGGGCACCCUGCGAGAGCUCGUCCAAGCCGUCCGGGGCAUCACCCUCUACCUCGCCGGGAACCAGCCCCCGCCGCCGAGCGCCGCCACCACCGCCUAUGGGCCGCCGCCGCUACAGUGGCCCGCCCCGGCCUUCCAGGCGCCCUACGGAGGGGCGCCUCCGCCGCCGCUCCUGCUGCCCUACCCGGCCGCGGGAACGCCUUGGCCAGCGUGGCCGACCGCCACCACAUCGCUGGGGGGCCCGCCUCAGCAGUUCCUCCCAGCGCCACCGCCGGCCCCCACGAUGCAGGCGACGGUGCAGCAGCACCACCAGGCGGCGCCGCCAUCGACAGCACCACCACCCGCGUCCCGCCCUACUGGCCGGCCCCUUCACCAGGUGCAAUUUCCGCCCUCGUCAUCGCCGAUUCCCGCGUGGGCGGCCGGCUCGUCUCCGGACCCGGUGUAUACUACGGCGCCGGAACACCCAAUGCCCUCCCUCCGGUCUGACCGUCCCUCCAGCUCGGCGAACUACGCCCCAGAGAUCCCCGACCCGGCACACGCACUACCGUUGACUGCAGCUCCCGGGCACGGUGGCCCGACACCCCCUCGCUUCGCCAAACUGGACUUCGCCACUUACGACGGCACGGAGGACCCCCUUAACUGGCUCAACCAGUGCGAGCAGUUCUUUCGAGGGCAGCGGACGCUCGCUUCGGAUCGUACCUGGCUCGCGUCCUAUCAUCUUCGAGGCGCGGCGCAGACUUGGUACUACGCCCUCGAGCAGGACGAGGGCGGCAUGCCACCAUGGGAGCGCUUCCGGGAGCUUUGUCUCCUCCGGUUCGGGCCUCCUAUCCGCGGGAGCCGACUGGCGGCCCUCGGCCGCUUGCCUUUCACAUCCACGGUCCAGGACUACGCCGACCGCUUCCAGGCCCUGGCAUGCCAUGCGCCGGGCGUCUCCGCGACUCAGCGCGCCGAGUUAUUUGUGGGCGGAUUACCGGACCAUAUUCGCGUGGACGUCGAGCUCCGGGAUCCCCCCGACCUCCAGACGGCCAUGUACUACGCCCGGGCCUUCGAACAGCGAGCUCAGGCGCUGCAGCAACCGGCCGGCCGGGGCGGCCGCCAUCCCAGUCGACCAGCGCCGACUCCAUCACCGGGCCGGCUUCCUCCAGCCGCGACGACCGCACCUCCGGCCACCACCCGGACCUUCCGUCAGUUGUCACCGGCCGAGCAGCAGGAGCGUCGCCGUCAGGGCCUCUGCUUCAACUGUGAUGAGCCCUACACGCCGACCCAUGUCUGCCCCCGCCUAUUUUACUUGGAGACGGUCGACUACACCGAGGCGGACGACUCGACCGACGAGCCACCAACCGCGGCGGCCGCGGACACGCCCGCGGAUUCCACGGCGACGGCAUGCGUCGUCUCCCUCCACGCUCUCGUCGGCAUCCGUGGCGAAUGGACCAUGUUGUUACCGGUGACAGUCCAUGGCGAGCGGCUGGUGGCCCUGCUGGAUACUGGCUCCACCCAUAACUUCCUGCCCGCGGCGACCAUGCGUCGGCUAGCACUGCCGACCACUGGCGGGGAGCGCCUGCGGAUCACGGUGGCAAACGGCGAUCGCCUCCGGUGCCAUGGGCUCGCCUGCGACGUUCCCAUCUCCAUCGGUGGCGAGCACUUCUCCAUUACAUGUGCAGGCAUCGACCUCGGCUGCUUCGACUUCAUCCUCGGGGUGGAUUUUCUCCGGACCCUCGGGCCCAUCCUGUGGGACUUCGACGCACUCUCGAUGACGUUCUGGCGGCUGGGCCGCCGCAUCCGGUGGGACGGCCUUGGGGGCGCCGCGCCAGCCGUGCCACACCUCCAGCUGGCCGCCGCGUCCCAGGAGGCCGAGCACCCCCUGCUGGAUCCCCUUCUACAGCAGCACCGCGACCUCUUCGACAAGCCACGGGGUCUUCCACCCGCCCGGGUGUACGACCAUCAUAUUCACCUCGUACCGGGCUCCACCCCCGUGGCGGUUCGGCCCUACCGCUACCCUCAGCUGCAGAAGGAUGAGUUGGAGCGACAGUGUGCCCUUAUGCUCGCGGCAGGCAUCAUCCGGAUCUCCACGUCGCCCUUCUCCGCGCCGGUGCUUCUCGUCCGUAAGUCGGACGGCACGUGGCGUUUCUGCAUCGAC